AUGAAUAGCAUUGGUUUUGAGAAAUGCAUUUUAGAACAUGGUGUCUAUGUUCAGAACAGCAAGAGAGAAGGGAAAGUUGAAAGACUGAUAGUAUGUCUAUAUUUUGAUGACAUGCUCAUCACUAGGAGCAAUGAGAAGGUGAUUCAAAAUUUCAAACUGCAUAUGUUGAAUGAGUUUGAAAUGAGUGAUUUGGGUAAGCUGAGUUACUUUCUUGGCAUAGAGUUUGUGGAAACCGAGAAAGGGAUAGUGAUGCAUCAAUCACGCUAUGCUAAAGAGAUGUUGAAGAAGGCUGAAAUGCAUGAUUGUAAUGCGGCAAAUACACCUGCAGAAGUGGGUCUAAGAUUGGAAAUUGAUCCAGAAGAAGAGGCUGUAGAUGUUACCUACUAUCGUAGCAUGGUGGGAAGUUUAAGAUACUUGUGCAAUACAAGGCCAGAUGUGAGUUAUAGUGUCGGUCUUGUGAGCAGAUACAUGCAAAAUCCCAGAAUAUCACACUUGAAUGCUGUGAAACGCAUUUUGAGAUAUAUACAGGGCACACAUGGCUAUGGCAUUCUGUUUCCAAGAAGAAAAGGAGGUAUGGAGGUGAGAAUAAAGGCUUAUUCUGAUGCAGACUGGUGUGGAGAUAAAAGUGAUAGAAAAAGAAUAAGAAGGUAUUUGUUCUUCCUUGGAGACUCCCCUAUAUCAUGGAGUUCAACUAAGGAAUCGGUGGUGGCUUUAAGCUCUUGUGAAGCAGAAUAUAUUGCAGCUUGUGAGGCAACGUGUCAGGCAAUGUGGCUGAAAUCUGUGAUGGAGGGGUUGAAGAUAGAACUAACGGGAAAGAUAAAAUCGUGCAUUGAUACUGCAAUAGAUUUGGCCAAGCACCCUACUUCUCAUGGAAGAAGCAAACAUAUUGAAACGAAGUUCCACUAUAUCCGUGAGCAGGUGAAGGAGGAAAAACUGGAGUUGUGUCACUGCAAAUCAGAGAUGUAG